AUGAAGACUUCGUUGCACGCCCACCAAGUCAUUGGAACAUCUUGGAUGUUGGGGCGAGAAUUAGGCGAUGACGGCCCACGAGGGGGUAUAUUAGCAGACGAGAUGGGAAUGGGAAAGACGUUGCAAACUCUUGCGUGCAUCGUUUCAAAUCAAGCAUCAAAAGACGACCUAGACAAAUGCUGUCCGACAACAUUAGUUGUUGCUCCAGCCACCGCAAUCAAGCAAUGGAAGAGUGAAAUCAAAAGACACGUUGACUUAAAAUCACACACCCAAGGAAUAUUACAUUACAAAAAGAGUAAGGAAGUUCCGUUGCAAGCUUUGCAGAACACAGCUAUCAUCCUCGUCAGCUAUCACGAGUUAUGCAAGGAGCUGCCAAAUAAAAAGUUCAUUGCUCAGCUUGAAGAAAAAUGUCGCAAUUCUCCUGGUGUCGAUUACGAUGAGAAGUACGACGAGCGACUUGGAAUGCUAUUCAAGGUGAACUUCUGGCGUAUCGUUCUCGACGAAUCGCAAAAUAUCAAGAACCAUCAUAGCCAAACAUCGACUGCAUGUCAAAGAUUAAACGGACGCUACCGCUGGGCACUAUCUGGAACACCUAUCACAAACUCUAUUGAAGAAGUUUAUCCAUACCUUAAGUUCCUUAGGGCUGAGAUACCCAACGACAUGAAAGCGUUCCGAGUUCAGUUCUUGAAUGCCGAAGACGAAUCUUCCAUGGGGCGCCUGCGGAGUAUCAUGGGGCCACUCAUGCUCAGGAGGACAAUGAAAGACACAUUCCUGGGACGACCCCUGUACGAGAUCCCUAAGCCACAUCCCGAUGUGAAGACAGUUGCGCUCAUACAAGAAGAACGGAUAAUAUACGAUACGGUAGAAGGAAGAUUCCGAGAAAUCAUCAACGACAUGUUGCAGCGGGGGGAUAAUGUAGACUUGACGAUUUACCUAAAACUAUUCUUGCGGCUCCGACAAUGUGUAGCUCACCCCUUUUUGCUAGAGUCUACCAUGAAGUAUGUCUUGACCAAACAUAAUCUUCGAGACAUCAAAGAUCGGAUAGAGAAAAUGGGGUUCGACCUGGGCAAGCAACUGAAUCUCGCCCUGGCAUCCCAGGAAGAUGAUGUGUGUCGAAUCUGCUACCAGGAACCCGUUGAGCCACAAGUUCCUCAGUGCAAUCAUCUAUUUUGUGGCGAAUGCUUGAAGGAUCAUGUGAAAGCCGAGUAUAAGAAUGGACGUAUAGUCCCUAAGUGUUUUGAAUGUCGACAGCCUUUAGUCGACUAUGAACCAAUAAUGCCAUCUGAAGUGGAAGAUCCAGGUUCGGAAGGUCGAGACAUAUUAAAGAAGCACCCGAAGCUGCCAAAGUCACAAUCGAUGUUUCUUUCGCAAUGCGACCGAGCCCACCCCGAGCCCGUCGUCUCGAGCGCAAAGACAACAGCGGUCAAAGCGAUUAUUCUAGAGUGGCAGUCUCAAGCACCUGAUGACAAGAUCAUCGUAUUCAUGGAGUUCAAGGUGACCGGCGCAGUACUUGGGCGCAUGUUAGAAGCAGAGGGUAUCCCAUUUCUUUACUUCUUUGGGGACAUGAAUUCAAGCUCCAAGGAGCAAGCUAUCAAAGCCUUCCAUGAAAAGAAAGAAGUUAAGGUCUUGAUUGCCUCUAUGCGGUGCGGAUCUGUCGCUCUCAACCUAACAGUAGCCAAUCGAGUCAUCUUAGUGGAUUUAUGGUGGAACAUCGCAAUGGAAAUGCAAGCAUUUGGGCGGGUUUUCCGCAUAGGUCAAACCAAAGAGACCCAUUUUCGGCGCAUUGUGGCUGAUUGUACCAUCGAUGAUCGACUGGUGGCCCUUCAAGAACGCAAGGAAGAGAAUAUCAGUAAAAUCAUGGAGUCUGGUGGGAAACAGAAUUUGUCACUGGAGGAGACUCUCUCCUUGUUCGGCCGAGUCUCAAAGUCCGAAAACGGAAUUUUUCAGGUAUUACCUGACGCCGAAGAAGAGUGUAAUCUGGAUGACAGUGGGGGUGAAGAAGAUGAAGAAGAAGAAGACGACGAGGACGAUGAGGACUAUGAGCCUGAUGAAGCUAGAGACACCUAA